AUGCUGCAGGAGCUGUGUUUAUUUUGCUCUAUUCUUGGACAAUGUGGACUGCCUGGACUUUCAAUGUAGGAACUGUUUGAUUGCAGAGGACUACAGGGGUGAAGUGGCUACUCUUAGCAAACAAGUAGCAAACUUACACAAGCUACUGGGGAAUCCACGCCCGCCUACUUUUUCUUUCUCAUCUACCCCUGUGGCCGGACUCUGCUCUGGCCUGGUGGAAGUGUCGCCACCGUGUUGGCUCUCCACAGUCGACUGGCCGUGCUCUGCAGGGAUCCAUCCUCGAAGGGGUCUCUCUGUUCCCUGGAGAAGGGAGUUAGUAGGUUGCUUCUGGAUAACUUGGUGGAGGUUCCUGUUCUCAAUCCUACCAACCAGCCAUAGCGAUACAGUAUGUCACUCUCCGUGGAAGUCAAAAGCAGCGACCUCUGGCAAUGGGGGCCUCCUUGGCAAUGGUAAGCCGGGACCAUACACAGACUAGAAACAGCUUUGCCGCCCUGGAUGCAGAGGUUCCGGCGCCUUCUUCCCUGGGGGCUUCCGUUUCGAGAUUGGAUCCGGAGGUACCUGUGCCUUCGUCCUCUGUUUUGUCUCCAUCUCCGGUGGCUUCUACCUUGAGUUCAGAUCUUCAGAGCUCCCCCACUCAUCGGACCGUGAAGACUCCACCCUUUCAUCAUUCCCAAUGGAUUCUACAGCUGGCUCGG